AUGUCCAACUCUCCGUUCAACAAGCACCUCGAAACUAAUUUUUGUCCCUCAGAUGCGGAUAUUUCUCUCAUCAAAGAGCUGCUGGUUGAGCCGAGCGCUAAACUCGAGUCCAUAACAUCCCAGAUCGCGGCACUGAACACAAAAGUGGAGAGUCUGCAGAACCAGCGAAAAGCGCCAGCCACCUUUGUCGCCGCACAUAGAGCCCUCGCUUCUCCCAUUCGUCGUAUGCCAGAUGGGGUCCUGGCACAGAUAUUUACUGCCUGUCUUCCCACAGACCGAAACUGUGUAAUGAGUGCAUCCGAACCACCACUUCUUUUCGGCCGGGUAUGCAGUCGUUGGCGCGAUCUGGCCUUGCGAACUCCAACGCUCUGGUGUCGUGUGCAUGUGCACUGCCACGAUCCACUCCUUUUGAGCUGGCCACCACACUCAAUGGACGAAGAUGUCUCGAACAAGCUAGAACUUCACAAGCUGGCAUUUGUGGCCUGGAUAGCGCGUUCAGGCGACUGUCCACUGUCCAUAUCGAUACACAGAGCGACACCAUCGUUACUUGACAUACUGCUCUCCUUCGUCUCUCGUUGGGAGCACAUCCAAAUCGCUGCAACCCACCCUGUUCUUGCCGCGCUGGGUUCUGUUACCCGCAAGCAAGUCCCACAACUCAAAUCGCUCGCGAUUCAGGCCAUGCAGGUGAUGACAUUCCACUCGCAGCCCGAGAACGACGAGCCACCAUGGACAUCAUGUGACAUCCUUAGGGCUCCCCAUUUACGCCAUUUUGCAGCAUCCACAUCCGCUUAUCGGCACCUCUCAAUACCGCCCUUGUGGUCCGAUUUGCGAUCGCUCGAUAUCUCCAACAGAUCAAGGAUUGUCCAUCCUCGGAACAACGCGGAAGGACUACUGGUCGCUGAAGUACUUGCGCUCCUUCGGCAAAACCCUCGGCUACAGUACGGAAAAUUUCAGCUCGGCCGGCUUUCAUUCAUUGGCACUUUGGAGCCAACUGUCUUUAGGCACGACUCUCUCGAGACUCUCAUACUCAUCGGCGGUUACGAGUUGUCAUCAUUUACCACUCUUUCUCGAUAUGCCUCUUUUCCUCAGCUCCGCCACCUUCGUUGUUCCUUUCGUAUGAACAGUCGCGAAACAGCAGAUGCACGGAAUUUUCUUGCUACUUCAACGCUUCUCGAAAGCAUCGACAUCAACUGCGACUUUUUUACGCGAGAGUCACUUGAGGAAUUCCUGCGGGAUGUGCCCUUGUCGUUUACCACGCUCAAUCUCCGACCCGCCUGCUAUCAGCACGACUCGCGGGUACCAAGCGCCGUUGUCGACGAUGCCCUCCUGCGGGCUUUGUCUGAUCCUCACCAGCCGCUCGCGCCUACGCUCCAAAAUCUUGAACUGAGCUACUCUGCCGAAGUAUCUGACGAAGCACUACUGGAUUUCGUCCGCACCAAGAUGGGUCACGGGGGGGCAUUGAAGCCCCUCCGCCAUCUUUCGGUCCUGUUCAGACGGCGACUCGAGCAGGACAUUCUACCGGACCUGCAGGUGUUCUCACGAGAGCAGGGGUUAGAUGUCGAGCUCCGAUACCAGCAACCUGUCCGUCAAAGUUUCUCGCCGUGGAAAGGAUUGGAGAGAGGGAAAGAAGAACAACUGUACAUUAUUCCCUCCGAGCCAGAGGGCGAUGCGUAA